CUCUCUCUCCAAGCUCUUCCAUUUAUUUUCUCAUAGAGGGUGAGGAGAAAAAAAGAGAAAGAAAGAAAGAAACACAGUUCCACAGAGCCUCAGAGACCAUCUCACCUGAAACAUAAUAAAGUAUACCCUUUUUCCCUGUAACCUCUCUUCUGCUAUACCCUCUUCCUCUAUCACCAUUUUCUUCAGUUCAAAUGGAGAAGAUCAUAGCUCUUUACAAGCUUGAAUCUAUUGGGAUAGUGUAGUCCCUUAAAAAGUUCUCAACUUUGUUACUCUUUUGCUCUCUCUCGCUCUCUCUCUCUCUCUCUCUCGCUCUCUCUCUCUCUCUUCAGCUUCCUCUACCGGAGGAUGGCCUGCCGGUGCCGGAAACUGACCGUAGUGAACUUGGAUCCAGUCAGAAAGCGAAGUGGGGGUUUGAGGACAAAACAGGCAGGAAGAGGAUCGUGCCGUGGAAGUUAGUUUUCAGGAGACAAACUCGCCGGAAAAAAAUGUGUCUUCACCGGUUUUGAGUUUUUGACCAUUACCCUUUAUUCUUUCUCUCUUCGUGAAUGCUAGUGUGACUUCAUUGCUUCGGAAAAACGAAAACUUUCUCGCGGUUUUGAAAAACCCCUUGUUGAAAGAAAGAUGGGGUUUUUGUUGAAAGAAGCUUUGAAGACUCUGUGCGCUCGGAAUCAGUGGUCUUAUGCCGUGUUCUGGAAGAUCGGCUGCAACAAUUCCAAGCUGUUAAUCUGGGAAGAUUGCUACUAUGAACCAUUGCCAUCUUCUUUCCCUUCACGCAUUGUUGGGACGUCUAAUUUGCCCUACCGAGAUGGGGAAGGAUGCUGGUUUUCUUCCGAGUCUCAGCUACGGAUUCAGGAGGAGGACAGAGUCUGUUCAUUGAUUAACAAAAUGAUGGUGAAUAAUUCAGUCAAUAUCUCUGGUGAAGGGAUAAUUGGACGGGCAGUAUUUACAGGAAACCAUCAGUGGAUUCUUUUGAACAAUUUUACUAGAGAUGCAUAUCCACCAGAGGUAUUAACCGAGGUGCAUGACCAAUUUUCAGCUGGAAUGCAGACAAUAGCGGUUAUUCCUGUCCUUCCCCACGGGGUUGUUCAACUUGGUUCUUUCUUGCCUAUAAUGGAAAAUAUGGCAUUCGUGAGUGAUGUGAAGAGCUUGAUCUUGCAAUUGGGAUGUGUUCCUGGUGCCCUUCUAUCUGAAGACUAUUCAGCAAAAAAUUAUACUGAAAGACUUGCGGGACCUGUGACUGUUGGUGUGCCUGUGUCUGUUGAUCCACCAGUCAUUACGUCAAACUGCACUCACUCAGUAGCUAAUGGUUCUAACCAACCAAGUAAUUCAUAUCAUGCUUCAAGGUCUAUUGCUCAACCACCUCAUCCUUUAAGGGGAGAAAUAAAUAAUUACCAGGGUUCUGUAUUGACACCUCAAACCCAUAACCUAAAUCAGAUAUUUGAUAACCUUUGCCAACCAAAGGCUCAUUCAAUGAUUAAAACAAGUGUCACUGGUCAACGAGAGAAUACAGUUGUGGAGACUGAACCUGGAGUAAUACCUGCAAAUCUCGAUUCCUCUAUGUCACAGCGUUCUGUUUCAUAUAAUGCAAGGCCUGCGUUCAAUCAAUUAGCUGGUUUCGGUCAAUCAAGUCUGAGUGACUGCAGCGUUAAAUAUAUGGAACAACAAAUCUUAUCAGGUGUUGGGAGGCGGAGUCAUGUUAAUCCUACUAUGAAUCCAUCAAGUACCGUAAAUAUGUCUCAACUGAAAACAGAUGGAGGCCAAAUUUUUGAACAGAGCCAGAGUUCUGUUAGCACUUCCCUAAUUGGAGGAAUCCCAAUACAUAGCAGGAUGGGUAAUCUUCUGAGGACAAAUAUGAUUAACUGCUCGGUUUCAAACCUUCCCAAAGUAUCCAAUGCUGAUUUUUCUGGAACGCAAAAAGUUGGGUUUGGACUUCAAAAUGAUAAUUCAACUGAAGCUGGGACUUAUUCUCUGCCUAAUUUGACUAGUCAAUCAUUUUCCAGUCACAUGCAUCUAGAAGGCCUUGAUCAGAAGAAUCUUCCUAUAGAUUUAAAACAUGGUUUCAAUGCUUUGGCUUCAACAGAUCAAAAUAUAGAUGAUGAUUUGCUUCAGGCCCUUAAGAUCCCAUCUCUCCAUCUUGAGGAGCAUGUGCCUAUGAGUGAUCGCAUCCCCGGCUUUGUUCAAGAUUGCUUCAAUAAAGAUGGUUCUAGUCAACAUAUGAUGAAAGUGAAUGCUAAACAAGAAGAAACUUGUAUUCAACUUCCAUCAGGAGAUGACCUCUUUGAUGUUCUAGGUGUGGAUUUCAAAAGGAAACUACUGAAUGGAAACUGGAAUAAGCUAUUCGCGGAUGAAUCAGAUGCCAAUACAGAAAUUCUGGAUAAAAAGGCAACAUGUAUGAAUUUGCAGGGUAUAAUAGGUCAUGAGAAUAGUUUUUCAGCUAAUGAAGCGAUAUCAGACAGUAGCAUCUUCUCUGGGAUGGGCACUGACCACCUCUUAGAUGCUGUGGUGUCAAGGGCUCAAUCUGCUGCAAAACUGAAUUCUGAUGAAAUGUCUUGUCGGACAACAGUGACAAGGAUUAAUCCCACCUGUGUCCCCUCUCCUGCCUGCAAGCAGGUUAUGUCUGAUCAUGGUGUCCAGGGUGGAUUGUUUGAUUUUCCUAAGACGGGGGUUAAAACUGGUGCUGUGGAAACUAGUUCUCUUAGGUGUAGCAAGGAUGAUACUGGAAACUGUUCUCAAACUACUUCCAUAUAUGGGUCUCAACUUAGUUCAUGGGUUGAGAAUGGCAGCAAUGUGAAGCGUGAAAAUAGCGUUUCGACUGGAUACUCUAAGCGGCCAGAUGAAGUUUGCAAAUCGAAUCGUAAAAGGCUUAAACCUGGAGAGAACCCCAGGCCUCGCCCUAAAGAUCGCCAAAUGAUUCAAGAUCGUGUGAAAGAGUUACGGGAAAUUGUGCCAAAUGGAUCCAAAUGUAGCAUAGAUGCACUUCUAGAACGAACCAUCAAGCAUAUGCUUUUCUUGCAAAGUGUAACAAAGCAUGCUGACAAGCUGAAACAGACAGGGGAAUCUAAGAUUGUUAGUAAAGAAGGUGGAUUGCUAUUAAAAGAUAACUUUGAAGGAGGAGCUACAUGGGCAUAUGAGGUUGGCUCACAAUCAAUGGUUUGCCCUAUCAUAGUUGAAGAUCUCAAUCCUCCUCGUCAGAUGCUAGUGGAGAUGCUUUGUGAGGAACGGGGUUUCUUUCUGGAAAUCGCUGACUUAAUCAGAGGGUUAGGUUUAACCAUCUUGAAGGGGGUUAUGGAAGCUCGCAAUGACAAGAUCUGGGCACGCUUUGCUGUUGAGGCAAACAGGGAUGUAACGAGGAUGGAAAUAUUUAUGUCCCUGGUUCGUCUUUUGGAGCAAACUGUAAAGGGUGGUGCAUCUUCAUCCAAUGCUGUUGAUAGCAACAUGAUGAUUUAUCAUUCUUUCCCACAAGCUACCCAGAUACCAGCAACUGGUAGGCCUAGUAGUUUGCAAUGAACCACCUGCUAUAUAUAGUUUCUUGGUCUGGAAUCUGGAUGUUGUUGAGAGCAAGUCUGGCACAUGCUUGCCAUGACUGACAUCAAAUCCAGUCUUAAAGACUUCAGGUGAUGUUAACUUGGUCUAACUGCUGUUUCACCUCUCAUAUAUGACCCCAGUUUGGAGGGUGAUGAGUUUAGUUAGUGAAGAGCAUGUCAAGAUUAAUAUUAUGAAAUGUUUCCUGCUGUGCCUGCCAAGACAACUUUUCCUGUGUUGGCAGUCUCUAGAGAUGCUUUAGGCAACUCUUAGAUAACUUGCAUCAUUUUUUCCUGUUUGAGUAAUUCCAUUGGGGUGUGUGUGUGUGUUGCCAGGUAGUUGGUGUUGUGAUUCAGAUGUAUAGAUAUUCUAGGAUUUGAAAGAAAGGGGGUCUAUACACUUAUUCUUCCCUUUUUUUUAAUCUUUCUCUCCUUGUUUUUAUUGGAGUGGUGAUCUUGGCUGUGUUAUAAUACCUUUGUUAUUAAUAUCAGCUUUGUGUGGUUUGU